AUGACAGACGUUGACAGAAAGCCAACGCAUUUUCCUCCAAAUCCACCACCACCAAUCCCAUCUCAUACACCAAAUACAACGAUGAAAAAACCGACAAUCGCCGCGCCAUCAAUUCCAGUUUCAAAAAUUGUAAGUUUGGGGCGCGUUUCUUUCUAAUGGUAUUUAAAUUCAAUUCAAUUUUUAGCUCGAGAAUCAUGGUCGGGUUAUGCAAUUGAAUGGACAUGUUGGAUUUGAUUCUUUACCUCAUCAACUUGUCAAAAAAGCAGUCGAAGCUGGUUUUCAAUUCAAUUUGAUGUGUGUUGGUGAAACCGGGAUGGGAAAAACAACACUUAUCGAAUCACUUUUCAAUAUGAAGCUUGAUUUCGAGCCGUGCAAUAAUGAAUUAAAAACUGUUGAGCUGAGAACAAAGACUUAUGGUGAGCCAAGAACCUGAUAUUUUUUGGAAUUAAAUUCACAUCUCAAAUUUUCAGAAGUCGCCGAAGGUGGAAUACGUGUCAAGUUGCGAUUGGUUGAAACAGCUGGAUUUGGUGAUCAACUCGAUAAGGAUAAAAGUGCCAAAGUGAUUGUUGAUUAUCUCGAAGGACAUUUUGAAAGAUAUCUACAAGAAGAAUUGAAACCGCGAAGAAUGUUGAGAUAUUUUGAAGAUUCUCGAAUUCACGCUUGCUUAUAUUUUAUUUCACCAACUGGACACGGUCUCAAAGCUUUGGAUUUGACAACUCUUCGAGAAUUAUCAAAACGUGUCAAUGUGAUUCCAGUUAUAGCCAAAUCCGAUACAACAUGUAAAGAUGAACUUCUUCGAUUCAAAAAGAAGAUAAUGAGUGAAUUGAAAUCGCAAAACAUCGAAAUCUACACUUUCCCAGUUGAUGAUGCAACAGUUUCAGAAACAAAUCAACAAAUGAAUUCAGCGGUUCCGUUUGCAGUUGUUGGAAGUUGUGAUUUUGUGAAAAAAGGCGAGAAAAUGGUUCGUGCUCGACAAUAUCCAUGGGGUAUAGUUGAAGUCGAAAAUGAGGAACAUUGUGAUUUUGUGAAGUUACGUGAAGCAUUGUUGCGAACAAAUGUUGAUGAGAUGCGACAAAGAACACACGAAGUAUUGUAUGAGGAUUAUCGGAAGGAAAGAUUGAAACAAAUGAAGAUUGGUGAUGGUGAAACUGGACCGAAGAUUAUUGAAAAAUUAGCAGCGGUAGGAAAAAAAUGUUGGGAAGAUUUUUUUGAAAUUAAAUGAAAUUAUUUUAGAAACAUCGCGAAUAUCAAGAUGAAUAUGCACGCCGUGAACUUGCGCUUCGCGAAGAAUUCCAAUCGAAACUUGAUUCAACUGAAGCAGAGAUGAGAAAACACGAAGAAGCGGUAAGUGAAAAUUUGGGUGGAAAAAUUUAAAAAAAAACAUUUCUUCAAAAUAGUUCCCUUGAUUUCCUUUCUAGUUAACCGCUCGCGAACGCGACAUAAACGACGAAUUCGAGCGCGAAGAAUUGAAACUUGACACCGAACUUCGUCAAUUAUUGGAAGAACGUACGAAACUGAUGCUGAAAGUGUCGAAAAAACUGAAAAAAUGA